UAAUCGAUUGAAAAAUAAUGUAGAAAUGACGCCAAUUGGCGUCAAUCGCAUACUACGAACGAGCCAAAUGGCGUCAUCCGCAAUAAACGUGUUAAAGUUGCAUUCUCACCACCAGCACCCACGAGCCACCACUGGGUGUACUCCUAUAGAGGAUAAAGGACGAACCAUAACUGCAAAUGACGCCUAACUUUUUACAUUCAGCGAUUAGAAAAGUAAAGAAAAGACUUGGCUUCAAAUCAAAAAAAAAGGUAAAUUUAGCUAAUCGUACCACCGACACUGCUGUGAACUCAACCGAAAAUGAAUCACAAGCAAUAUAUACUGAAGUAAUUAAUGCUCCUCAUCCCUCUACAAUCCAAGAACCAAACACAAACCCAUUACUGUUGCAAGAUUUGCCACAUCGAUCCUCGGGUAAGAACAUUGAGGUUAACUCAGCUAAAUACGAAUCACAAGAAAAAUAUGUAGAAAUGGCUAAUGCUCCCAUUCGCUCGACAAUCCAAGAAAAUCCAUUAUUGUUGAAAGAUUUGCCACAUCGAUCCUUGGGUAAGAAUAAUGAGGUGAAUUCAGCUAAAUAUGAAUCACAAGAUAAAUAUGUUGAAAUGGCUAAUGCUCCUAUUCGCUCGACAAUCCAACAAAACCCAUUAUUGUUGAAAGAUUUGCCACAUCGAUCCUUGGGUAAGAAUAAUGAGGUGAAUUCAGCUAAAUAUGAAUCACAAGAUAAAUAUGUUGAAAUGGCUAAUGCUCCUAUUCGCUCGACAAUCCAACAAAACCCAUUAUUGUUGAAAGAUUUACCACAUCGAUCCUUGGGUAAGAACAUUGAGGUUAACUCAGCUAAAUAUGAAUCACAAGAUAAAUAUGUUGAAAUGGCUAAUGCUGCUCAUUCUCCAAUUCACCAAGGAGAGUUAUCAUUCUUGAAAGAUAUACAUCAAGAGUGGUAUUUAUGCUGCUCAAAAGAAGUCGACGAAUGUUGCUGCAUGAAUAAUUUAAGAAAAUCAUAUGUUAAUGAACUUCAUAUUAAACAAAUUAUUUUAAAUUUAGAAUUUAACAAAGAAAAAACUGCAUCAAUAUUAGUCCGUGCAUGUCAGCUCCUUGAAAAAGUUGUGAAAUUACAAUCAAUUUUCAAAUUGCAUAACAUACCUAAAGAAAUAACAGAAUUGAGCGUAAACAGCUGUUUAAAAAUAACAAGACAACUUAUAAAAGCUUCUACUCGUGGUUGUAUGGAGAAUUGCUAUUCAUCGUCGGGAGUUCUGAAAAAUUUGGAAAUUUUAUAUCAUGAAGCUUUGAUAAAAAUCGAAGACCUCAUGAUCUUAGUUGAUAAAAUUUUUAUAAACCAAAAGGCACAGGAUUAAUAUAAAUCACGAUUUUUCAGUAAUGUUAAAAAAAAAUAAGCUACUUAAGCAGUUGAAUUUCUAUGUCAUCUUUUUAGUGUUAUUUACAUAUUUUUUUUACAACUAAAUUAUAAUUCAAAAAUUGAUCAUCAUUACUAAUAUAAUAAUUAUUUUUCUUAUAAAUGAUG